AUGGAUAUACUUCCAACUAAUGUUUCAUCAUUUAGAAAAGCAGCAUAUUGGAACCAGUUUUAUAGUAACCCAAAGCUAGAAAACUUUGAAUGGUAUACAGACAUUAAAAAAAUACUCCCAACUUUCCAUAAAUGUAUAUUAGAAAGAGAUGUUAGUUCUAAAAAUGAACGAAAACAAAAUUUCAAGGAUUCUAUAGUUGUCAACGUAGGCUGUGGGAAUUCUAAAGUUUCGGAAGUACUCAUAGAAGAUGGGUUCAAGAUUGUGUAUAACCUGGAUUUCUCACAACAAGUAUUGGAUGAGAUGAAGGCGAAGAGUAAAGGUAAGGAGUUUUAUUUGAACGUGGAUGUUUCCAAAAAGGAAUACGUGGAUUUCGGAGUUAUGCUGAAUAAAAAGUACCCAAACGUACCCAAAAUCAUAGUGGAUAAGGCUUUUAUGGAUGCAUUCAUAUCAAUAGAUGAUGGAGAGUCGAAAGAGCUGAUAAAAUCGAGAUCGAAAGUUUAUUUGGAAAGUACACUGAAUAUGAUGAAGUCCGACGAUAUUUUCAUAAUAAUCUCAGUAUCGCAGGACCAUGUUGUAAGUGAGCUGAUAAGAAACAUGCUGAUGAAGAACCUGUUCAUAGAUAUUUACCCACUGUUUGGUGAAUCUGACAGAAAGGCACAUAUGAUCCAGUUCAUAUAUGCAAUAUACAAGUUUGAUAAAGGAAGUCAGAUUGAAAGGAAACAGUGCAAGAUUGUAGAUAUGCCAAAUAUGCCGUGUGAAUACUUCGAAUUAGGACAGCUAUUAAAAAAGGUAAAAAUGGCGAAAACUACACUUUACCUGGGACCGACCAUUAAGAAACACACUCCAGGAAGACGACUUACAUUUGAUAUCUUCCCAAGUAACCAAAGCGAAACCUGCUUCACGGUUGUGGUUUACGACUCUACUAUAAAGAAUAAACUCAAUAACGCAUGUAUUAUAGUUCCAACGGGUCAUGAGCACUUGUGGUUGUAUUCGUCAGUGGACGGGAACCAGGAGCUUUCAAAAAGCGCUAACGCGAGUAGGAUCCUGCUAAUCUGGCUCAAGUACGUAAAGAACAUAUCAAACUUGCUAAAAACUAGCCCGCUGGACGCAUACAGUGACGACCAGGUCAUGGAAUACAUUAAGGGUAAUCUAAGUGAGGCUCUAGAUAACUUCUCAUUGGAGUCGUCAAAGGGUGUUACAAUAAUGAAGGUGGGUGAGUCGUGUAAAAUCAGAAGAUGGGUCUGUGAAGUCCAAUCUAAAUAUUGUGGGAAAAUUAUAGUUCGUGAUCUUUAUAAUGAAGACGAUAAGAAGAAUGGGAGGCAGCUAUACUCUAGACAGAUGAUCUUCUCUUCAAACCCACAAGUUAUACAGUCUGAAAUCACAUAUUACGAAGAAGAUUCGAAACAAAUAUUCCUUUUCAACCACUUUAACAACGAAUAUCACAUCGCGAUAUCACUUUCAAUGGCAUUUCUCAAGUCUAGGGAGACUGUUUUAAUUCUGGGUGGAGGCACGGGUGUUCUGACUAAAAUUCUGUGUGAUUUGGUGGAUAAUAAUCUAGAAGUUGUGGAACUAGACGAGGCGGUUCUAGAAGUCGGGGAGAAACACUUUGGAUACACGCCUGAAAAUGUUAUGGAUUUUAAAGAUUCACUCGAUUCUGAAUUUUUGAGGAAUAAUUCGAGAGUUCUACACAUUAAAGGAGAUGCAUUGGACUUUGUGCUCAAGACUCCAAGAAGAUAUUCCGCUGUGAUUUUGGAUAUAAACAACACAGAAGAUUCAGGAGAGGAAAAUAAUUUAAAAUCCGGGACACUGAUGUCGCCUAACCCAUUGUUCCUAGAAGAUGAAGUAUUGGAUCGAAUGAGUGAGAUUUUGCGUGAAAAUCAGGGAAUUUUUGUGUUAAAUAUGCUAACAAGGUGUAAGGAAACAAGAAAGGCAAUAUUGGAAAAGUUUCAGAGAGUGUUUAAGUUCAUAGGAAUCAUAAAGAUGGAAACGGACAUAAAUGAGGUUUUGGUCUGCUCAUCGAAUACACCGACAGAUGGUGUGGAAGAAAUAUAUCAAUUUGUAAGAUUUAUUUGA